AGAGAUUUCCUGGGGUGAGGAGGGAGAUUGCACAGCGAUGUACAGCCGCACUUUACCUCAGCAAAGUGAAGCGAGGAGGAAGUUAGAGACGACUCGAGAUCAGCAGAACGACUUCCGUGUGGACGCCAUGUCCUUGGAAGAGCAUGAAAGAAAGGCCAUUCGUGCUGCGAGAUUUAGACAGAACAAGACGCCGAAAGUGCGCGAUCAAGUCGUAAACGCAGUGUGGGAAAAACUUAAUCAGACGAAUGCGCAUGCAACUAUCAGUAGUUGUACUAGCCCUAUCAACGUCAGCAAAUCAACAAAAGGCAGCCUCCUCAACUUCACCCCAGCGACUCCACCGACACCAGCGACAUCCUCAUCUACCCCUCCAGCUACUAGGAGUCUCCAGCCUAUCUCUUCUGCAAGUGCAACACCAAUAAUAUCAACA